AUGGUAGUCACCCUCGGCCCGACAAGCGACUUGGACUGGCUCAGGUUCUCCUACCUGCUCCGCAAUAAGAACCUGAGCUUCGACGACAUUGCAGAGCUUGUAUCGCGAUAUGUGCCUGAUGAUGGCAAUCUCCCGGAAAAUGAUCUCGUGGAAGAAGAGGUUACAGCUGUCGGGGAAUCGGACGCGCGCAACAGUACAUGGCGGAUUUCUGAUGAUGUCGAAGAUCAAGACCAGUCUGAUGAUCGACGUUCCAGCGAAGACCAUGAGAUAUCCCGAUCAUGUUUCUCAUCCGAUUCUUCAGCUGACUCGGUCGACUUUUCGAAAGCGGAAAUUGGUAUGCAGGUCACCAGGAUGAGACCUACAAUGUUAUCCUGGCUGAGGCCAAAGAGGAAAUACGACAGCCUCCAAGAAAACACACGACCAAACUCACCAGGUCCUAAGGAAUCCUCUGUAGGCCUCUGGAAGCGAAUCAGCAGAACAACAUCCCACUCCACAAUGAACACCACUCUGGUGGGGAAGUUUGACCAGAAGUUGCAAGCCAAACUCUCCAACGCCAAGUUACGAGCUUCUGGCGCAAGCCAGAUAUCAGCCAACGACUGCCAUCCUGCGUUCAGGGAACAAGCCGACGCGUCAAAUGCCCAACCAGAUCUAUCCACCUCAGCUCACAUCCUCAACGCCAUGCGAAAUCUCAACAGCCAUCGCGCAAGCCAAAGCGUGCCUAGCGACACCAAGUCCCAAAGACCAGGUCAAUCCCAUGAGAAAGACCCUCGAUGGACAGCCGUAGACACCUACUCGUUCGGCCACCUCCACCCCUCCACGCGCACAAGCCCCUCCCCAUCCGCCCUCCAACACGCCCUCGACGCCUCCCAGAAAGCCGGUCUCCCAGACAUCGCCGUCUCGCCCUCCCAAGGCAAAUACCUCCAACUUACCGCACGCCUCGCACGUUCCAAAAUCAUCCUCGAAGUAGGCACAUUGGGCGGAUACAGCACCAUCUGGCUCGCAACAGCCAGCCCCAACGUGAGCGUAACAAGCGUCGAAGUCGAUAGCCACCACGCCGAUGUCGCACGGUCGAAUAUCCAGACCGCGGGCUUGGAAGACAAAGUGGACGUUAUACUAGGACCUGGUAUGGAGGUUCUUCCUUCUCUAGCACAGCAGGUUAAAGACGGCAAGAGGCCGAAAUUCGACUUCGUCUUCAUCGACGCGGAUAAGGAGAAUAACUGGAACUAUGUGGAUAUAGCGCUGGGUAUGUGUGAGGCGGGUGCAUGUGUUAUUGUAGAUAAUGUGGUGCGCAAGGGGCAGUUAGCGGAAGAGACGGAUGAUCCGAGGAUUGCAGGGGCAAAGAGGGUGGUGGAGAAUGUGGGGAGGGAUGAGAGGCUGGAUGGUGUGGUGUUGCAGACGGUGGGGGAGAAGUCCUACGAUGGGUUCUUGCUUGCUGUUGUGAAGUAG